AUGAAGCUGAAAUUAUACGUAGAUCGUAUGUCCCAACCUUCUCGUGCAGUUAUAAUCUUCUGCAAGUUAAAUGGAAUAGAAUUUGAGGAGGUAAGUACAGAGCUCUUCAAGCGUCAGCAAUUGUCUCCUGAAUUUGAAGAAGUUAAUCCCAUGAAGCAAGUACCAGCUAUAAUGGAUGGAAGAUUUAAGCUUUUCGAAAGUCAUGCAAUUCUUAGAUAUCUGGCUUGUGCAUUUCCAGGAAUUGCAGACCAUUGGUACCCUGCUGACUUAUACAAAAGAGCAAAGGUAGAAUCUGUGUUGGAUUGGCAUCACUCUAACUUGCAUCGUGGUGCAGCAGGAUAUACCUUUAGUACUGUUCUCGCUCCUGCUUUUGGGUUGGCAUUGAAUCCAAAAGCAGCAGCAAAAUAUGAGAAAGUCCUUUUGGCAUCUCUUGCAAAAAUUGAGUCUGUUUGUCUCCAGAGAGAAGGACAAUUUUUGCUUGGGAGUGGCCAACCUUCAAUUGCAGAUCUUAGCUUAGUGUGCGAGAUUAUGCAACUUGAGAUUUUGGAUGAGAAGGAUCGUGAGCGGAUAAUAGGCCCAUACAAGAGAGUUUUGAAGUGGAUUGAUGACGCAAAGAAUGCCAUGGAACCUCAUUUGCAAGAGGUACAUGUGAUCCUCUUCAAAGCUAAACAGAAGUUCCAUAAGCAAAGAUAUAUAGGAAGUAGCAUUCCUCAAUCGAGCAUAAAACCUGAAUUUCAUUCGAAGAUGUGAGACAGCAAUUAGGAGUCAGGUGGAUACAUCGUGCUCUCAGUAUCACCAUGCACCAUGGCAGAUCACGGGAUAAACAGUGGGCAUGUGAAAGCUGAUACAGGAAGGAGAAUUCUGAUCCAAGCUUUCCUUAUUCAUUUUCUUUACGUAUAUGUACUUAUAAAAUAAGUGUUCAAUUGAUAAUCCUAGUCCACAAAAUAUGUAACAAGACUAGUCGAGAGUCCCUUAUACAUCUGUUAUUUCUACACUGUAUCGAAUAUAUAAGUUUUGAAUAUUAUCUAUGAAUUUCACUUGCAAGGUGAA